GAGAGAGAUUGAGACAGUCAGACCAACUCUCUCCUGCAUACCGCCAACCAGACUGCCAAAAAGGAGCCGAAGGAGUAAAUGUACUAAAAAGGAACUGAGGAAUAAAUAUAUUUGAAUAAAAUAAAACAGUGCUAAGGGACAGCAGUGCAUUCUUUCUUUUUCACAAGGAGGUGAAACCAACGAGUGCCAGAGGAGUGCAGGAGAAGAGCUGCUGAUCAGACUUACCUCAUGAAUCCCGUAUAUGCUGCAAUGGAAACGUCCUUGGAGAAAGUCACUUGUUGAGUGAGGUGGUUGCCCACAACUGGAUUGUUAAGGAAGCCGAUCACCGUUCGGAGUGUGUGUGUGCGUGUGUGUGUGUGCGUGCGAUCAUGUCGAGGGCUGGUGUCACUCACCUGCUGAAGGGGCUUUCGCUGCUUUGGCUCUGUGAAGUUGCCUUGGUGUCAGGAAGUAUAUUAUGGGAGGUACCGACGGCACCCUUCACGUCUCCUGUCAACAACACAGUCAAACUCCUGUGGGAGCCACAGUGCCAGGCUCAGCUGCGCCACCUACAGGAUGGAGCCAGAAUCACAGCGCUCAUUCCUCCAAAGCUGGAGGGUAGCUGGGUCUCCUCCAGGUGCGAGGUUCGCCCCGGUCCGGAGUAUCUCACGCGCUCCUACACCUUCUACUCCAGCCGGCAGUUCAAGGCUCUGCAGUUCUAUUACCGGGACAGCGGCUGCCGCGAGCCGGCCUACUCGCUGCUGGUGCAGGGGCGGCUGCGUCUCCGCCAGGCCUCCUGGGUAACGCGCGGGGGCACGGAGGCCGAGCCCCACCUGCACACAGUGUCCGUGGUCUUCCACAGUGCGGCGGCCCUGCAUGGGCUGGCCGCCCGCCUGCCGCCGCUCUGCCACGCCCAGGGGGAGCGGGGCUGGGUCCCCGGGCGCCCGUACGAGCUGCACAGUCCCAGGGCCAGGGGGUCCGCCUGCCUGGAGCCCCUAGGGUUCUCCAUGACUGAGCUCAGCCUGCUGAGGGUGGAGACCCAGCAUCACGCCCGCGGAGCGAUUGUGCAGGAGCUCUUCCUGGGAGACGUGCCCACCGACUGGAGCCAGCGAGCGCACUACCGCCCCACUGGCUACCAGCGCCCCCUGCAGAACUCUAUGCACCAUGUCCACCCCUGCCCGGUGUGUGCGCGGGUGUACCGCUCCACAGAACAGCGACCCCCGGUGUUGCCCUUGGCCCCGACGAUGUCUCUCUCCCUGGGGGGCCGCUGGGUCAGUCAGGGCUGCGAGUCCCGCCCUGCCGUCCUCUUCCUCACGCGGCUCUUCACCUUCGACGAGGCGACGCGCUCCUGGGAGGGGCUGUACCAGCACUACUCCGACCCCGCUUGCCGCCAGCCCACCUUCGCCGUCCGUGCCUGGGGCCACUACGCCCUGGGGGGCCCUUCAGCCCGGGUCCCUGGGGCCUGGGAGCUGGUGUUCAGGGUGACCAGGGCUGGGGUGAGGGCCCUGGACCCCCCCACGGCGCGGCUGCUGAACGCGUCUCGGCCCGGACGCUGCGGGGGGGCGGGGCUGUGGGCGGUGGGGGCGGAGCAGGACGUCACGCCCACGGGGGGCUGCGGGGCCUUGGGGAUUCGGCUCCCGCACAAGGAGUACGAGCUCUUCAGAGCCGAGCUGGACCACCGACAGCGCCCCCUGCUGUUCACCGGGGAGAGGCCCACCGACGGCUCCAGCCCCGACAGGCCCCACAAGAGACCCACCUCCUUCCAGGCCCCGCUCAUCCGGUGCGCCCCCGAAACCCCGCCCCCGCAGCGACACGGCCGGGGAGACGGCCCCUCCUCCAGCGCCGUCUCCGGGCUGCGGCAGAAUGGAGGCUCAGUUCUGCUGUCUUUACUGAGUGGCUGGUACAUCCUUGCGGUGCACUGA